AUGGCAACAGCAGUAGCUCAAAACUGGGCAGAUGAAUUGCCACAAACACAAGUCACAGACAACGGAGAUGGUACCAAGACAGUAGUCUCGUUCACACGCAACCAACAAGGGAAGAAAGUCAAGAUAACUAAGAGGAUCAGAGAAACCAUAGUCAAAGAAGAAGUGGUCCCAGCCGUGGCCCAAAGAAGAAAGUGGUCACGAUUUGGUGAGGAAAAGGAUAACACAGCUGUAGGUCCAGACACAAGAACAACCAUGUUAGACGAUCCUAUUGAUGUCCAAUUUGGUGAAGAAGCACGUAAGAGAAAGGAAGAAGAAGUCAAGAAGAGAAAGCAAACCGAGGUAACAAAAUCAUUGGUGGUGUGUAGAUUGUGUCAAGGAGACCAUUUCACUACCAAGUGUCCAUUUAUUGGUACCUUAGGUGUCGAUCCAGAGUCCAACCCUAACAUGUCUGGAAACAAUGGUGAAGCCGAGGGUUCCACUGCUGAUGUCUCUGGAGAUUCUGUCGGCUCUGGUCUCGGAGGCUCUGGAAGCUCCUACGUGCCUCCACACCUCAGAGGAAGAGGGGGUGCUAUGCCACGUCCCGGACCAGGUGAAAGAAUUCACGAUGACUCAACCACAAUUAGAAUUACACAACUUAAUGAAGUUGUGGAUGAACAAAGAUUACGUAUGGAACUUUGUGCUCCAUUUGGUAACAUUACCAAGGCUACUGUUGUCAGAAACAGAGAAACUGGUAGGUCAAAAGGAGUUGCAUUUGUUGCCUUUGAGACUGAGCAAGAAGCUCAGUUGGCAAUUGACCGUUUGAACAACAGAGGUUAUUUGUCUUUGAUUUUGAAGGUGGAUUGGUCCAAGCCAAAGCCUAAGGUGUAG